AUGCCUGCUCAAGUUGUUAUCGAGCCCACCGUCGUGCGUGAGUUGCGCGACGAUGAGAAGCUCGUCCUUGUGGACUUCGAAAGUCAUGUCUCUCGCUGUACUCGCUGCGGAAUUUCACUGGAGAACAAAGAGAACAAUUACUGUGACAAAGGCCACCUCCUCGCUGUCGAUGUAACCAAGUAUCUAUACAGUGUGAACGGAAAGCACUAUGCUGUUGUGGACAAGGAGAAUGGAAAGCCCAUGAGAGUCAAGCUACCCCGCGACUCGAGUGCUACUCGCCUUCUUCUGGACUCUGUCUCUGAGGGUCUGCGUCUUCAAUCUCCUCGCCGAGGCCGCGCUCCUCCUGUCCGUCCUCCCAGCUCUACUCGUCCUAUCAUUGAACAGCGCCCUCGGUCUAUCACCCCAGAGGACAUUCCUGCCCCUCAUCAAAUCAUCGAGCGUUCCCCAUCGAACAGCAGCAAGCGUCACGUUAUUGUCUACCCUCGAUCCUCUCGAUCUUCGAACUCCAGCCAAAGCCCCUCCAACCGAGGAUCUUUGUACGUCAAUGACCACCUCGACCGCGAAGAGCGACGAUACGACUCUCGUGGCCACCGCUACCACCGCUGA